AUGGAUAGGGUAGCUUGUAAUUGGUCUGAACUUCCAAGGGAUCUUAUGGCUUUCAAUCUGAAUACGAUGUUUAGGGUAAAUAAAGUGAUUGUUUACCCUGAUUUUGCUUGGAAUAAAAUUGAAGAUUGCACAGUUCUUGCGAUCACUGAACAUGGAAGAAAAUCUGGACAUGGAAGAUUGUGUUAUUGGAGAUUUGGGGAUGAGAAUUGGACCAUUGUAAAUGGUGGGUUUUGUUAUUACUGUGAUAUUAUAGUUUAUAAAGGGCAAUUUUAUGUUGUGGACAAAUGGGGGAUGCUUUCUGUGAUUGAUUUUUCAUCCUCGAGGGCUAAAAAAAUUGCAGCUCCAUUAUAUCGUGAAGGUAUUGAGAAGUUUUUAGUGGAAUCAUGCGGAGAUCUUUAUCUAGUAGAUGGAUUCGUUAAAGGAGAAUGCGAUCGUCAAUCAAAUGCUGAGACACAAUGUAUGGUGGUUGAUUUCAGAGUUUAUAAGCUGAAUGAGGAAGAACAUGAUUGGGAUCCCGUGAAAAGCAUUGGAGAUAGAAUAUUCUUUGUGGGUCACAGUUCUUUCUCUACUUCAGCUCAGGAUUUUUCUGAACUAGAAGGAAAUUGCAUAAUUUUCAUUGACAAAACUAUUUUACCAAAGAAAGGUGGGGGAUUUGAAAGCUUUCAUGAUCAGUUCAUGGGCGUGUUCAAUUUAGUUGACGGCAGCAUUGGGCGGCUAACAUUUCCACUUCAUAAUAGACCUUAUUCCCACAUAUUUGGGCCAUCUCCAACCUGGAUCAAUUCAGAUUCAUCUUCAUCUUCAUCUUCAUCUGGAUGA